AUGGAUGGAACACAGCGACAUGCCUUGAUAGCUACAAUCAAGGUGUUAGGCCAAACAGGGACGGGCGAAAGAGGUAUUGUCGGGCAUCUUGCCCUAACCCUGUUUCUCACAUGGACGCUCGUAUACUUUGGCCUAUGGAAGGGAGUUAAAUGGAGCGGCAAGUUGGCUUAUUUCACUGUUCCCUUCAUACACCUUGUAUUCACCGUGCUUAUGAUACGUGGGAUUACUUUACCAGGAGCAUAUGAUGGUUUGAUUUUUUAUCUCAAACCCGACUUAUCUGAAAUUAAAAGUGCAGAGGUGUGGAUAGCCGCUGGAACAGAAGUUUUCUAUUCCUUCUCGAUUGGACUAGGUGCUUUCACAGCCCUUGGAAGCUACAACAAAUUCCACUACAAUUCCUAUAGGGAUAGCAUGAUCAUAGCCUUUUUAAAUGUGGUUACGAGUAUCUACAGUGGCAUCAUCGUCUUUUCAUUCGUCGGCUACGUAGCGUACACUGAGAGAAUUUCCAUUAAUGAGAUAAUGAGAGAAGGUUUCGGUCCUGGUCUAUUUUUCGACAUCUUUACGCGUGCUUUUGCUGCAUUGCCUGUACCAAGGGUCUGGUCUAUUUUCUUUUUCCUAGCGGUCCUACAGAUUGGACUAAACUUCCAGGUAAUCGGGGAAGGAUAA